AUGAUUGUCCGAUUGCUAUGGGCGCUGACUUUGGCAGGCCUGGCGCUGACAGCCCUUUUCCUUACAUUCAGGCAUCUCCAUUUCAAAACCCUGCCUGGCGAUGGCGCCGCUCAAUUGACCCACGUAGUCUUGAGCAUCGAUGACUCUGAGCUCCGACCGCUUGCAGUGGCCAUCCACUCUGCAUGGGUGCACGCAGAGAACCCUGAUUUGGUCCAGUUUCACGUCAUAACCUCGCCUCACCUUCAGCAGAUCAUUGCGGAGCAACUCUCGGCUUACUUGCCGGAGGCGAGGGUGCAGGUCCACGCCAACGACCGAAUGUUGAAGAAACUCAGCGCAUUCGUGACUUUCAGAGCCUCUUCACAGGUCCUUAGCAGAGACUCCAGUAUCUUUCACUUCGUCCGCUUCUUUUUGCCUGAGUUUUUGGGAAGGAGCUUACGAGGAAGAGCAUCGCGCUUGGUCUAUCUCGAUCCCGAGACUGUGGUGCUGGGUGACAUCAGCACCUUGGCCGAGAUCGACUUGAAGGGGACCCCGCUGGCAGCUGCUAGGUCCUGUCACAUCCAGCUCUCUGAAAUCUUGGAGUUCGAUCUUCUGCAGGGGUAUGAGCUCCCCGGGAAUGUCAAGCCGCAGGACUGCGCGCUGAGCCCUGCGCUGAUGGUCAUCGACUCGCGCAGAUGGCAGGCCGAAAACGUCUCUGGCAAGAUCCUCACUUGGCUGCAGCGCUACCGAGAUCAGCCGCUGGAGGAGGACCUUUGGGUGAAGAGCCUGAUCACGCCGCCCUUGAUGCUGUCGCUGGAUGCAUUCGUAGAGCUGGAUCCUGCCUGGGCGUGUGCGGAUUUGGGAUCAGAGGAGCUAACAGCCCGAGAGACAAAGACCUUGCUCAAGACGGGCUUUACCCAAGAGGACAUGCCACGCUUGGACUUGGGAAUUAGCCCUUCGGGGCGGCUGCAUCCUGCAUUACAUCUUUGCACGGCUGGAGCAAAGUUGCUCCAUUUCAGUGGCCCCGAGAAGCCCUGGCUGUUCUCAGAGAGAUCCCCAUCCCUGUGCGCUUGGCCAGAGGUGCCGGCUCCUCACCAAGGCCAAGGCUGGUCUCGGGCCGGUGAACCGAAGAUUGCCCUGCACUGCGUGGCUGGCCAGGAGAGGCGCUUGGUCAACUGUUCCAGCCUCUGGUGGGCGUUUCUCACGUCGGAGCAAGACUGUGGACUGAAGGGCUACGAUGCCGGUUGGCCGGAUUCGAAGAAGGUCGCGACUAGCCAUCCUCCGCAGUUUGGCCAUGCGCACGGGCAUUUGGAAGUUCUGACCGAGUGCGGCUUCGGAAAGCGAUCACGAGAUCUGAGAACUGCCUGUAGGUUCAAACGAACAGCCACCUGUGUGACAAGCCUCCAGAUGCAACCAGCCAUGCAAAGCUCGUGGCCAGUUUGCCAAAGCCAUGAGGAGGAGGUCACAGAACACGACCGUGGGUGGGACGGUCGAGAAGACCUUACGUCUUGUGAGGCCCUGGCUCCUGAAAGGACGGAUACAUUUUGCGAUUUGGGACAAUUGGCUAAGGUUGAACAAGGUGCUGCGAGGAAGCUAAUGAUGCUGUGGAACGCAUCUCCUGCGAGCCAAACCCAACACCUGUAUGAGGGUUGCUGCCCGGCCACUAGGCCUAGGCCUCGGUCCUAUAGAUCGUAG